GCACGCCUGACUUCUUGUUUUUCAGACCGUCCCAAGAUCCGCAUGCCCCGCGCCCUCAGAUCCCGCUACGUCAAGCAGGUUGGAGAACAGAUAAACCUGGUCAUCCCCUUUCUUGGAAAGCCCAAACCUGCGGUGUCCUGGCUUAAGGACGGUCAGCCUUUGGAUACAAAGAGGGUCAACAUCAGGAACAGCGACAAGGACAGCAUCCUGUUUAUCCGCACCGCUCAGAGGGAGGACUCUGGUGUUUACGAGAUGACUGUGAAAGUGGACAGCUUUGAAGACAAAGCCACUGUCACCCUUCAGAUUGUGGAGCUGCCCGGCCCUCCUGCCAGUGUGAAGCUGGUGGACACCUGGGGCUUCAAUGCUGCUCUGGAAUGGACCCCUCCCAAGGAUAAUGGCAACACAGAGAUCACUGGAUACACCAUCCAGAAGGCCGACCAAAAGACUGGGGAGUGGUUCACGGUGCUGGAGCACUACCACAGGCUAACUGCCACCGUCUCCGACCUCAUCAUGGGCAACUCGUACUGCUUCAGAGUGUUCGCUGAGAACAAAGUGGGCAUCAGCGAGAUGAGCACCGUUACCAAGGACGUGGCCACCAUCCAGAAGACAGGUAUUGUCUACAAGCCUCCUGAGUACCAGGAGCACGACUUCAGCGAGGCACCCAAGUUCACCACAACCCUCAGUGACCGCGCUGCCACUGUGGGAUAUACCACCAAGCUUCUGUGUUCUGUUCGUGGAUGCCCCAAGCCUAAGAUUGAGUGGUUGAAGAAUCAGAUGGUCAUCGGUGACGACCCCAAGUUUCGGCAGAUCUCUAACCAGGGCAUUUGCUCCCUCGAGAUCCGUAAGCCCUGCAGCUUCGAUGGCGGUGUGUACACCUGCAGAGCCAAGAACGCCCAAGGAGAGGCCACUGUCUCCUGCAAACUGGAGGUCAAACAGAUUAUUCUUCCAGAGGCAGAUAAGGAGAAGGGCAAAUAAACUGACACCCAGACCUCCAGAGAGUGUUUGAAGAUAUGGAGAAAACAUUGUGGCUGGAUGUGCAGCAGUGUGUACAUAAUGAAGAAGGGGACAGAACAACAUACCAACAUAUCCAUUUCUUCCCCCACACACACCCAGACUCACCUACUCCUUCCAGUAUGCAGGGAAGACCCAUGCCACCCAACCCAUCCCAGUUUGCCAAAUGUUACAUGUUAUUUUAGCUGCUGACUUCAAUGUUAGGCUAUAUUUGCCAUUUUUUUUCUCUGCCUGUGCCCAUGUGCCGUUUGUUGUAGUAUGUGUAUGUACUACCUAAUAAAACAGUCAAUCCUUGGA